AUGUCUCCCCAUCUGAACUGGUCACCAGAAUCUCUCCCUUCGCUCGAGGGGCGCACUUACGUGGUAACGGGAGGCAACACGGGUAUAGGCUGGUGGACAGUCUACCAUCUGGCACUGCAUGGCGCAGUGGUAUACCUGAUCUCCCGCUCGUCAGAGAAGGGCACCUCGGCAGUUGCGUCGAUCACGGCCUCAAUCAAGCAGACCAAGCCAGAACCGGUGCCCCAAAUCCACUUGGUCUUGAUGGACCACAUGUCCCUAAAGUCGGUCGUGGCAGCGGCGAAGCACAUCCGCUCGCAAUGCACCAGCUUACAUGGCAUUGUCAACUCGGCGGGGAUCAUGGCCACACCCUUUCAACUCAGCGAAGAUGGCUAUGAGGCACAGUGGCAAACCAAUUAUCUCGCGCACUGGCUACUCACCUACCAUCUGCUGCCACUGUUGACGUCGACCGCCAGCACGUCUCCCGAGGGCACUGUGCGCAUCGUCAAUGUCAGCUCCAUGGGCCACGCGGCCACGUCGAAAAAGGGCAUCGAUUUCGAUGAUACGAGUCUGGAGAACCACUUUACCUUCCGCCGCUAUGCGCAGAGCAAAUUGGCCAACGUUUUGCAUGCGGAAGCUCUGCAUGCCCGGUACAACUCGUCCCCAGCCACGGAAGGCCACCCGCACAUUUGGGCCGUCGCUUUGCAUCCGGGCAACAUUGACACGCAAUUGAACAAAAGAUCCUGGGGUGGUUCGACUCUGGUGCCGAUUCUGAGAUGCAUGGGAGCCUACAUCGAGCCAGAGCAAGGGAGCUUCAAUUCUCUGUGGGCAGUCGCGGGGAAGGGAAUGACGAAGGAGAUGUCCGGAUGUUAUUUUGUGCCCGUGGGUGAAAGGAAGACGCCCAGUAAACAGGCGCGGGAUUCGACCUUGGCCGACAGGCUUUGGGACUGGACUGAGCGGGAGAUGAGGGAAAAGGGCUUUUUAGAGAUGAGUUAG